AUGGCGACGCUUAAUGUUCUCGCGUUUGAGCCUGACGGUCGCCCGAUAGAGUUUGCCACUUGGCUUGAUGACCUGCAGCUGUUUCUUAUGACGGAUGCCAAAGACGGCGUUUCACUGUUCGAUCACGCUUCUGGCACUGCCGCUGCUCCUGCUGACAGUGCUCCUGCUCUUGACCGCUCACAGUGGCAGACUCGCGAUGCUGCUGCGCGCCUCGCUAUCCGCAACCACCUGCCGAUCACUGAGCGCGCGCAUUUUAGUCAGCACAAGACUGCUAAGGCGCUGUAUGACGCUGUAGUUGCGCGCUAUUCCUCCCCAGCCACUGCAGCCGUAGGACGCCUCAUCCUGCCCUACCUGUUCCCCGACCUGUCCUCGUUUACCACCGCUGAGGACCUCAUCUCUCACCUCCGCGCUAGUGACGCCCGCUUUCGUGCCGCUCUUACCGACGAGUUCCUCGCCACGAACACCCUCCCAUUGUACUUUACCCUCUACAUCCUCGUCACCCGCCUCCCUGACACUCUUAGCUCGGUCAGGGACCAUUUCCUCGCCAAGGACCCUACCACUAUCACUCUAGCCGACUUCGAGCAGCAGCUCCUAGCAGCAGAGAAGAACAUCCUCGCUGUAGGUGCUGCCCGUGGCACUCCUCGCACUCCCCUCUUUGAGGGGUGCUCCCCCUCCCCUCUUGCCCCCUCCUACGCCUCAGCUGCUGCUGCAGUCGACCUCCUCGGGGCGGCAAGGGUGGCAGGGGUGGUGGAGGUGGCGGUGGAGGGAGCGGUGGUGGAGGCGGCGGGGGUGGUGGAGGUGGUGGGGGUGGUCGUGGGGGUGGAGGAGGUGGGUAGGGCGGCGGUGGGACCGGGAGUGGUGCAGGUGGCAGCGGCGGUAGAGUGGGAGGAGGCAGUGGUGGUGGCGGUGGAGGUGGGGGCAGGAGUGGGACCGGCCAGAAGGGGAGCUCCAGUGGGGGCCAGCAGCAGCAGCAGCCGCAGCAGCAGCAGCAGCGCCAGACCCCCUCUUCUCAGCAGCUCCAUGACUGUUUCCUAA